AUGAGGAAUCGUUUGUUUUAUGUUACCUCCUUUUUGAAGGGAGAAGGAGAAAACAUGUUCAAUCUGUUUAGGUGCACAUACCAUAGUAUUCAUAAAAUGAGCAAAGAUAAAAACAAGAAUUUUGUUAUUGGAAGAAAACAUUAUGUAAAGAGGAAUUUAAAAAAGAAAGAAAGAGACAAUGAGAAAUUUAUAAAAAGUGAAUUAUAUAAAAAUAGUUUUUUAGAAUAUAAUUUAAAAACUGAUAUAUAUUUAAAAUUAAAUGAAUUAGGUAUUAUGAAUCCUUCACGUAUACAAAUGAAUGUGAUACCUUUAUUACUAAGUGAAAAAAAAAAAAAUUAUCCAAGUAAUAAUAAUAAUAAUAAUAAUAAUAUUAAUAAUAUUUAUAGUAGUAGUAAUAAUAAUAAUAAUAGUAGUAGUAGCAGUCAUACGUUUCAUCGAGAUGGUAUUAUAUCCAUAAGUAGAAAUAACAUUUACAAUGAAAUAUUAAAGAAUAGAAUAGAAAUAAAUAACUACCUAAAAAAAAAAAAUAUACUUAUACCCGGAAAAAAUAAUAUGUAUAAUGUUGAGAAAUAUAAAAAUGAAAAUAAUAUAGAAUAUAAUUAUAAUAAUAACCAUAAUACACACACAGCACCUAAUCUGAUGUAUCCUUUGAAUGAUGAUAGAGAAAAAAUUAUAUCUAUGAAUAAGAAUAAUGAAAAAUGCUUUAAUGAUGUAUACUUAAUCGUUAGCCCCAAUAAUAGUGGGAAAACAUUAAGUUAUUUUCUUCCUAUAUUAGAUAAUUUUUAUAAAUCGAACGAACGUAUAAUGAAAUAUUUAUUAAAUUUUUAUCAUUUUUUAAAUAAAUAUAAUUAUAAGAAAUGUAAAAAUAAAUUAUAUAGAAAAAAAGAAAGGUUAAGAUAUGCUCAUCGUAGGAAGGAUGAAAAUCUUUUUUUUAAUAUAUCAUAUGAGAAAUAUAAAGUGAAUAAGAGAAUUAUACAUAUGCGUACAUAUAAAAAUUAUAGUAUAAAUAAUAGUUAUAUAAAAAAUAAGAGGAAUAAUCAAUUGAAUAGUUUAAGACAUAAGAAAAAUGUCUUUUUCCCAUAUGCUAUCAUUUUAACAAAUACAAGAGAAGCAGCUUGUGAACUUUUUUGUUUAUUAAAAAAAUUCGAUAUAAAUAUUGAAUUAUUGAGUGGAGGAUAUUUAAAUAAGAAGAAAUCUAUAAAGAAAUACCACGUAGAAUAUUUUUCUGAUAUAAAUCGAAAUUAUAAUGAUAAACAAGAAAAUAUAUGGAUAGAUACUUCUUAUAGAGGUAGGUAUGAAUAUGUCAGAAAUAUAAAAGAAAAAACAAAUGACAAAAUAAAACCCUCUGGAGGGAAUGAGCGAAUAAAUUACAAUAUAGACCUUUUGAUAGGGACUCCAGAUAAAAUAUUUGAAAAGAUGGAAAAUAUCAAGAAUAAACAUUUAUAUAAUUUCAAAUUUUUAAAAUAUUUUAUUAUUGAAGAGUCAGAAUCUUUAUGUAACGUUUUUAAUGAGAGAAAGUUACAGUUAUUAUUUAACCAUAUUAAAAAAUAUACAAAUAUGUAUUAUUUUAGGGGUUUACAAAAAUGCAAUGAAGAGGAUAUGGAAUAUCAUAAUAACAGGGAAAACAGUAAAUAUUCGAAUAAAUUGUUGGAUAAGAGCAUUGAACAGAGUGAUGAAGAGGGGCGGAAAAAAAUACGAAAGAGAGUGUCUGGGAAUAGGUUUACAAUUAAAGAAAUUGGAGUUAAUGAUGAUAUGUAUGAACAUGAAGUGAACGACCAUAAAAUGACGGAUUAUAAAAGUAAGGAUAAUAUGUAUGAACAUGAAAUGAACGACCAUAAAAUGACGGAUGAUAAAAGUAAUGAUAAUAUGUAUGAACAUGAAGUGAACGACCAUAAAAUGACGGAUGAUAAAAGUAAGGAUAAUAUGUAUGAACAUGAGAUGAAGGACCAUAAAAUGACGGAUGAUAAAAGUAAGGAUAAUAUGUAUGAACAUGAAGUGAACGACCAUAAAAUGACGGAUGAUAAAAGUAAGGAUAAUAUGUAUGAUGUUGUUAAUAAGGAUGAUACAUAUAGUAUUAAUAGUAAAGAUAGGUUGGAGGGGGAUUUCAAUAAAAUAUAUGGUUUUCAUAAUACAAAUAAUAAUUAUAUAAAUACACGACAAGUGGUUGAUGAUGAAAUAGAAAAAACACAAGGUGAAUUACGUCCCAUUUUAGAAAAAGGAAAUAAUAAGGAAAACAAAAUAAAUAAUGAAAAAAAAAAAGAUAUAUAUAUUGAUAAUAUAAAUAUUAAGAAUAUAAAAAAUACUUUAUAUUCAAAUAUCCCUAUUAGCAUUUUUGUAUCAUCUACUAAAACCUGUGCUAUUUCAGAAUUUUUAAAUAACAAUAUAAGGAGUAAAUAUAUUCAACAAAUAAUAAAUAUAAGUAGUCACCACAUUGAUAAGGAUAUGAAGCAUAUAUUUAUUAAUAGUAAAAAUAAGGAGAAAGUAUCUUUAUUAUUAGAAAUACUUAAUAGUAAAGAGAUAAAUAAGGGUAAAAUAUCAAAUAAUUACAGGAAUAAUUUAUUAUAUGGAAAUAUAUAUAGUGGGAGAAAUUAUGCUUUUGUUUGCCGAUAUGUAAUAUUUUGUAAUACUAGAAAGAGUGUAAUGAAUAUUCGAGAAAUAUUAGAAGAAUUAGAAUAUAAAGUAAGUUAUAUACAUAAUGAAAUGAACUAUAAAGAUAGGAGUAGAAAUUAUCGAGAUUUUAAAAAAGGGAAAACGAAUAUACUAAUAUGUACUAAUAUAUUAAGUAGAGGUGUUAAAUUUGAUAAUUGUGAAAUAAUAAAUUAUGAUUUAAGUAAUAAUAUAAAUGAUUAUAUAUAUAAAACAAAAAAUAUUUGUGGAUUUUCUAAUUUCGAUAAAAAUAAUAAUUCCUUAACAUCCUUUUUUAAUAAAAAAACUACGAAUAUUGUUAAUGAUAUAAUUGAACGAACUGUUGAUAAGAAACAAAUUAUUUUUCAAAAUCUAAAUAAAAAAGUAAGCAAAAUGUUAAAAUUACAAAGUAAAUAUUAUGAUAUAGUCAAAAAAAAGAAAAAAUAUCAAAAACGAGGUGGAAGAAAAGCAUUGCAUAUUGCUCCUAAAAGAAAUUGUUUAAGUAAAAGAAAUAAAAUUUUAUCUAAGAAAUUAUAUUUUUAUCAUAAGAUGGAAAUCGAAAGGAAAAGAUUAAUAAAAAAAGGUAUACUUAAGGGUCAUGAAAAAAUACCAAGAUAUCCUAAUAGACAAGCACAAGAAUAUGAUAGUAAUGAAUAUAAUUCCAUGAAUAAAUUAAACGACGGAUCAUUACAAAUACUAGCCAAAAAGAGAAAAACAAAGAGAAAUAUAAAUAAAAAUAAGGAAAUACAAUAUGAUCAAGAUACUAUUGUAUUGGAUAAUAUGCCUACAUAUGAAGAAGAAGCAAGUAUUAAGGAAAAAAAAUAUCAGAAGAAAACUUACUUUUAA